CGAUCUGGACGUUUAAUCUAGUACCUGAGGUUGAGCUGUAACACAACUCACUAUUGUGUGACCGGGUGAUUUUUAUGUUUGUCUUGUAUGGUAUUUCCUCUAGUGGUUAGAGGGUCUCGCCAUGCCCAACUUACCCAAUCUUAACAGCUUUGGCAAACUGUGCGGCUCCAGCCGCAGCGACGACUCUGUGGUGCUGGACCGGGUGAAGCGCAAGAACUCAGUUCGGAGAAUGUCCAUUAUCGAAGAUGGGAAUGUGGCUGAGGUGCUCUACCUCAUUCCCAAACAGUCCAUGAUGGAGCAGCUGCCUUUCGUGAACCCUAAUGAGUAUGUCAUCCUGGAGAAAAUGGCACCUCCUGACAUGGGACCCGUGGCCCAUCCUCAGGAACCACACCAUCCACCAGGAAAACAGAUUAUCCAGUGCUAUAAGUGUGGGGAGCCAUGCAAGGGAGAGGUUCUCCGGGUGCAAUCCAAGCACUUCCAUAUAAAAUGUUUCACAUGCAAAGUGUGUGGUUGUGACCUGGCCCAAGGUGGUUUCUUCAUGAAGAACGGGGAGUACCUAUGCACACUGGACUACCAGAGGCUUCAUGGCACUCGCUGUAAUGGCUGUGGAGACUUUGUGGAAGGAGAGGUGGUCACUGCUCUUGGGAAGACUUACCAUCCCACAUGUUUUGUCUGCACUGAUUGCAAACGGCCAUUUCCCGCUGGUGAUCGAGUCACGUUUAAUGGAAAAGACUGUCUCUGCCAGCAUUGCGUCCAGCCAACUUCCCCGACUCCCAAAGACAUCAGCACCUCUAGUAACUGUGCAGGAUGUGGCAGGGAUAUAAAGAACGGUCAGGCUCUUCUGGCCUUGGACAGCCAGUGGCACCUCGGCUGUUUCAAGUGCAAGGCCUGUGGGAAAGUGCUGAGCGGGGAGUACAUCAGCAAGGAUGGUUCUCCAUACUGUGAGAAAGACUACCAGAUCCAUUUUGGCGUGCAGUGUGAGGCCUGUCAUCAGUUUAUCACAGGGAAAGUUUUGGAGGCAGGAGAUAAGCACUACCAUCCAAGCUGUGCACGAUGCAGCCGAUGCAAUCAAAUGUUCACGGAGGGAGAGGAGAUGUACUUACAGGGUUCUACAGUAUGGCAUCCAGACUGUAAGAACAACAGUAGAGUGGAAGAGAAGUACAGAGCAGCUUGGCAACAUCCUAAAGGAAAGCCCAGUCCGUUUGAUAUCUUUUACCCCCAGUCUCAGAUUCAGAGCCGGGGCCCAGGUGGCUCUCGGCUGGGCCGGCGUCCCCUGGGCAGUCGUGAGCCCCUUCCACCCUCAGUAACAUCUCUGCACCAAUCAGAAAGGCAGCCCACGAGGUCAUCAUCUGAGAGUAUCUGUUCGAGACCUGGCUCGAGCAUCCCUGGAUCUCCAGGUCAUACCAUCUAUGCAAAAGUAGACAAUGAGAUUAUUGAUUACAAGGACCUAGCAGCCAUCCCCAGAGUCAAGGCCAUUUAUGAUAUAGAGCGUCCAGACAUGAUAUCCUAUGAGUCUCUCCAUUCCACCUCCUCCACCCUGGAAAGACAAGGAAGGCACAGCCCUGGAGAGCCUGUCAAAGCCUCAGGUGGCAGCCCUCCCAGAGGCAGAGCCACAACCCUGCCACAAGACCCCUCCUCACUGUCCGCAGAAACAGUAAGUUGUCACCCUUUUCUGUUCGUCCAUCUUACCGUCAGUGAAGAUUUAUUCCGGCAUUAUUCUCUCUUUCUUUCCUUCUUUUAUUCUUUCUUUCUUUCUUUUUAUGUUCUUUUCUUUCUCCCGCUUAUUCUGCUCUUCUUGUUUGGAGGCACUGAGCCAUCCAGUGGCCGGAGUUCUCCCCUUUCCUCUCGGCCGGCCACCCCGACCCUCUCUCUGACCCCUAAACAUUUCCACAUCCCAGACCAAGGCAUUAACAUGUAUAGAAAACCACCAAUCUACAAACAGCAUGCUGCACUGGCAGCCCAAAGCAAGUCCACUGAUGACAUCAUCAAAUCAUCCAAGUUCCCCGCUGCUCACGCCCCUCGGUCGGACGAAACCCCAAAGAUCGAGACCGACUACUGGCCAUGUCCUCCAUCCCUUGCUGCUUUAGGCUCAGAUGGGAGGAGUCGGUCACAGGAUGAAGAAGAGGAAGAGCAACUGAAACGCCGACAACUUCAGGAAGAACAUCUCAGCAAGAUCCAGUCUGGACUUGGGAAGCUCAUUCUGAAGGAGGAGAUGGAAAAGGAGAUGAACAAAGAGAGAUACAUACGAAGUGUGGCCGCCCAGCGCUUUGACUCCCAGUAUGCUAACUGUACCACAGACUCCCAACCCGUAAAAACAUCAUCUCUGCCUGGAUAUGGACGGAAUGGCCUCCAUCGGCCCCAGUCUACAGAACUCUCUCAGUAUAACAGUUAUGGGGAUGUGUGUGGAGGACAAAGAGAUUUCAAGCCCACCCAAGAUGCCCAAGAUUCCAUUACAAGAAUGGACAGGGGAAUGUCUAUGCCUAAUAUGUUGGAAUAUAAAGUGUACCCAUAUGAAAUGCUCACUGUCACCAACAGAGGGCGUACUAAGCUCCCGAAGGAUGUGGACAGGACAAGACUUGAGCGUCACUUGGCUCCCGAGACAUUCUUUGAUAUUUUUGGGAUGGAGAUCCAUGAGUUUGACAGACUUCCUCUUUGGAAGUGCAAUGACAUGAAGAAGAAAGCCAAGCUCUUCUAACUAGCUGAUUGUGCAUGUUUUAAUUUAAUAGUCACUCAUAUGAUUUAUUAGAGCGAUAGUCCUAUUUUUUUCCUUUUUUAUAUUUUUUUGCAUCCAAUUACAUGCACAAAAAUAGUUUUAUUUUGCUUCAAAAAGACCACUUUUUAUUUUCACAAAUCUAGAUAUCUUUAUCUUUAAAUGAGUGAGUGUUUGAAUAGGAACAAAAUGCAGUGACCCCUAGAUGCAAACACAUGAGCGAGAGGAGCUGAUGGUGUGCCUGCGCUCAUUAAACCUGCCUCCAGGACCAGAGAGAUUUAUCCUCCUCCCUCCUGGCCCUCUUGUAAAAUAGGACUGUAAUUUUUUAGAUUGGGACCCGGGGGCUGUCAGCAGGGAUCUCCCUCUAAACAGGCCGUUAGGGUGGUGGAGUUGUAGGGAUCCCUGGGGCCCCCCUGCUGCUGUAGACCUAACGAGACCUUUGAAGUGCGUUAAAAGCGGGAAGUGAGAGCUACUGAAGAUCCUCCACCUGCGGAGCAGAGCUUCUGGAAGGCAUUAGAAACUGAAAUCAGCGUCCUGUCCCACCAGCACUCUGCUGCCUCGUCACAAACCUAAAAAAAAAAUCCCAUCCUACAUGUAAAGUAACAAGCAUGUUCACCAUAACCAAAACCCAAAACAGCACCUGAAAUAGAUAAGUUCUUUAUCCAAAAUCCACUAGUCUGAUAGCCAGAAGAGGCGGUGGUGAUUAUUAUUAUUAUUAUUAUUUCGAAAAUUAAACUUCAAUUAUUUUUAAAAACGAUUAUUAAAUGUCGCCAAUAGAGGUCAGACAUGGGACGAUAACAGACAUCGGCCCACUCUGAAACCGCUUCCUCUGAAUCAGACAAUCCAUUUAUUGUGACUUCCGGUUUUUCUGCAAUAUUAAACAGCGUUUUUAUUUUGAAUAAAGCAAGAAAAGCCUUUGAAAUGACUGCCUCAGGCUGAUGAUUCACGGGGCAACUUUGGACAGUGUUGCGUCAAUGGGCAACCAGGUGAGACACAGUGCCCAUGACCAAUCUAAAUUAUCCAGAUAGAAAUUUGUUACCCAUUCUCAAUGGGAACGUGCCCAAGCAACAUCGCUCAAAAAAAGUUUCCCCGUGUAUCAUCAGCAUCAGAGGUGUUUCAAUACUGCCACUGUGUUGACUUGGGAUUGUCGGAGCUGUAGCCAUAGCAUUUGUGCCAGGUGUAGACUCGAUAUCAGGGCCGUAUCUCUGUCAUUCAUUUAUAUUGCUGCCGAAUAAUGCUGUUCCCACAGACACUGUCUUGGCUUGCAGAUGUAUUAUGGGCCGCCGUUGGCUAUUAUUCCCAGCAGUUUCCUGUGUUACUAGCAGGGUUAAUGACAGAGAACUAGGACAUAUAACAGCAUUGUGCUUUUAUAGUAUCACAAAACAUAUGACUAUAACGAGUGUGAUUACUAGAAACAGACCUGUAUGUCACUUUAAAACAGAAUGAAGAGUUGGUUUUGAUCCCCCUACUGUGUACCUCACCUUUUUCUGUCGUUUUUGAGGGAAAAGAUUUGAUGAUAAUGGUGUAUAAGCUCUGCUGAGUAAUAAAACUCUGCUUCAGAUCAUAUUGUCUGACGUAGUUAUUACUGUGUGGUGCACUUUACAUGAAAUACAAGCCCCUGUGCCAUAAGGGGGUCGUUACAAGUGGGAGGUCCGCCUGUUGAGUCACUUGGAAAUCCCUGGGUGCUUUCCUUCAUGUUCUCUGCUGCCUGAUAAAUGUACCCAGUGGUAUGACCUGUUUCCCAAAACACUCUCCUCCCAGGCUCCAGAGUCAGUCGUAUUCAAAACAAGCCUUGGCACUGUGUUACUCUACAAUGGUUCCACUCUGAAUUGUAGAGGUAUUUGAGCAAGAGAAUGAGUGUUUAUUGGUGUUUCUGGUCACCCAUACCACUGUCAUCCUCCUGCACCGUAGGAACAGAAAGACACAUUUAUCCAUGUUUGACAGACUGUGACAGACUCAUCAGUACAAGAAGACCUGCAUGAAAGAAAUGAGUCAGGGAUGUGAUUUAUUUGUAUUUUACGACCCAUUAUAUAGAAUAACCCAUUAUUGGAUGUAUUAUAAUAACAAAAACAUUAUUAUUAAAUAUACAUUUUUUUA